GACUCGUUAUUCGGUUUGCUUAGUAGCUACAGCUCAGCUACCAGUUCAAUUAAAGUGGAUUCGUAUCUCGCCGAAUCGUGGCAUUGUUGCUCGCGUCGCAGCGGAUCUCUAAACUCAAUUCCUCAGCAGAUGCAAAAUUUGCCUUAAAUUUAUUUCAUUUGUGACUUGUGAUUAGAUUAUACCUACAAACAAAUAACAAGAAAAGAAAAAAAAAAAAAAAACGAAAAAGAUUCCAUUUUAAAAAUAUACCUGCGCUGCAUUCGGAUGUAGAUGGAUCUUUUGUUUGAAAUUGAAAUUAUUUGUUGGGCGAACAUGAGUGUAGGAUGCGAUUUUUGUUAAUAUAUUUUACAUUUUAUUGAAUCAAUUUUGUUCGGCAAACGACGAUAAUACAUAUAUUUUUCCCAUGCAAAUGGAAGUGUUAUAUUUUUUUUAAGGGUGUUAACUCGAAAACCCUGCCCUGCGUUUUCGUUUUCAUUUUCGGAAGAAUAACUUGGUUCAAUCGUUGGUUACCUUAGUUCAGAGAAGUGCGUGUGUAAGCAGCAGCGGUGCUCUGUUUGUUGUGUGUAUCUAGCAGCUAACACUCUUUUGUUGGAAUUUUUUUUUGGGAUGAAUUUAAUAAUUCCCCAUUCGCAUUCCCAAUUCCACUAUACUAGCCAUACCUACCCGUAGUCAUUGUAGAUACUUGUGUAAACGCUCUAUUAUUAGUAUCUAAGUUGAUUUGAUGUUCGGUAUCACAAAUCGCACAUUUGGAUUUGGAGUUUUUGUUGUUGGAUGGGAGUAACGGGAGUGACGGGAGUGUAAAGUGUGAAUGUGAACUGUAAAAACAACAAAAAAAAAAAAACGAAAAAGCAGAAAAGCACCUUUAGCUACAAAUUUUUUCUUGCCACAGCAAAAAAAUAUCCAAAAUAAAAAAAAAAUAAUACAUUAUAUGUUGCAUCUCGUUCGAACUAUAGGUUGUUUUGUACAUCUCUCUCGUUCUCUCUCGCUCGCUCUAUCCAAGUGUCACUAGUGCCGACGGCUGACGAAAACGAGUAUUUUAAUAUUUACCUUGUCGAAGUGAGCAAGUGUGCUGGUGCUCGCUGGCUGCUGGUUGUAUUCGGGGGAGAGCCUUCUGCUGAAAGCUUUCCAUUCGAUUCGAUUUGUUUCGUUCGAGUUUCGAGUGUGAUUUGGUAUUGAGAUUUGAGAGUUGCGUUGCGACUUGCGAGCGGAUUCUGUAGAAGAGCUUAUAAAAGUUUGCAAAAAUGUUCUAAAAUGUGUUAUACGAGAGCGAAAGAUACUAACACAUAUAAAAAAAAUCACUCAAAGCUAGAGUAGAAAAAAUACAACAACCAACUUUAGUAUGGAGAACUCAUCAAAAACAAUGGUGACCGGCGACGGUCAUAUAUUUUUCGAUGUUCGCCAGAAACCAGAAAUAAAAAAGCAAUAUAUCCAAUUUGUUUAAAUUCCAGAUAUUUAUAAGUACCCGUAUAAAAUUAAUCGGAGACAAUAAACUAUUAUAACCAAGUUUAAAGCUUAUAAACCACUGAUUUUAAUAAAUUAAAUCAUCAUUGGGCGCCAUAUACGAUAUAAAAACUAAACAAAAAAAAGAAACAAAUAAAAAUAAAUAUUUGCAAUAUGUGGACUUCAGGGACAUGCGUCACGACAGGUCCUGUCGUCGUAAGCCAAGCCUUACAAGAUGGAGAGAAAUUUGUCAGAUGGGAAGAGGAUGCUGUAACAGGAGUAGCAAUUACUGCACGUGUAGAUCCUAAGGGUUUCUUUAUGUAUUGGAAUGAUCAAAGAGAUGAAAAGGAUUUAUUGGACAUAGCUACAAUCAGAGAUGUCCGAACUGGAAAUUAUGCUAGAAAAGCUAAAGAUCCUAAGCUUAAGCAACUUUUGAAUAUGGGAUCGAUGGAAGAUAGUCUGGAGGAAAAAACAAUAACUGUUAUCCAAGGCUCGGAUUUCGUCAAUCUAACUGUUAUAAAUUUUUCUUGCAUAAACAAAGAAAUAGCACAAUAUUGGUCCAACGAACUUAUGAAGCUUGCAUACAGUUUAUCACAAAUAAAUGGAUCUUCGAAUAUGUUCCUUCAAAAGGCUCAUACUAAAUUGUGCUUGCAAGCAGUCAGAGAUAAAAUGAUUCCAGUAAAAAAUAUUAUUAAAAUUUUUACCCAAAACAAAGAGGAUAGAAAGCGUGUUGAAAAAGCCUUAGAUGUUUCCGGUUUACCAUCAGGCAAAAUCGAUAGCUUACCUCUGUCUAAAUUCCAAUUUGAAGACUUUUACAAUCUUUACAAAAACCUUACACAGCGUACUGAAGUUGAGAAGAUUUUUGAUGGAAUUGUAGGUAAUUCAAAAAGACGUUGUAUGACGAUUUCACAACUGGUGGAGUUUUUAAAUAAAACUCAACGAGAUCCUAGGCUGAAUGAAAUACUCUAUCCUUACGCAAAUACGGCACGAGCAAAGGAGAUAAUAACCGAAUAUGAGCCAAAUAAAUUUAAUUCUCAAAAAGGACUCUUGAGUUCAGAUGGAUUUUUAAGGUAUUUAAUGUCCAGUGAUAAUCCAAUAAUGGCUCCAAAUAAACUAGAUUUAUGUGAUGACAUGGAUCAACCGUUGUCACAUUAUUUCAUAAAUUCGUCACAUAACACCUAUUUGACUGGACAUCAACUUACUGGAAAGUCUUCGGUUGAGAUUUAUCGACAGUGUCUUCUGGCUGGAUGCAGAUGCGUUGAAUUGGAUUUUUGGAAUGGACGAACGGAAGAACCAGUUAUCGUUCAUGGAUAUACAUUUGUUCCUGAGAUUUUUGCCAAGGAUGUGCUCGAAGCAAUUGCCGAGAGUGCAUUUAAAACUUCAGAAUUUCCUGUGAUAUUAAGUUUUGAGAACCAUUGUAAUCCACGGCAACAAGCUAAAAUUGCUAACUAUUGUCGUGAUAUUUUCGGAGAUAUGUUGCUAGAUAAGCCACUCGAUUCGCAUCCAUUGGAGCAAAACUGUGAAUUGCCACCUCCAUCGUUAUUGAAAAGAAAAAUUAUUAUUAAAAAUAAAAAGAAACAUCAUCACCACCAUCAUCACAAAAGUAAGGGAAAUUCAAAUAACAAUGCAAAUGGAAAUGGAUAUAUGCAGACUCAAGCCAAAUUGACGACAACAAAUUCAGUUGAUGCCAGCAAAAUGCCAACUAUAGCUCCAAUCCAGCAACAAGUUUCUAUUCAAGAAGAUGGAGUAAGUUCCGCAGCAGAACGAGGAGCGCUGACAACGACACAGUCAACUGGAAACAGUGAUAUUGGAAGUCAUGCACCACCAUUGCAGCAAAUUCGUCAAAGCUCUAAAGACAGUACUGGCUCUUCGGAUACGGACAGUUGCAGUGACGAUGAAUCACUUCCGAAUACUACUCCAAAUCCACCGAUAGGAAAUGAAUUACCUCCCGAAAAAGCACAAAGGGAGACUGAAGCCGGAGCAGAAAUAUCAGCUCUAGUCAACUAUGUACAACCAGUUCAUUUUAGUUCCUUCGAGAACGCAGAAAAAAAGAAUCGAUGUUAUGAGAUGUCUUCGUUUGAUGAAAAACAAGCAACAACUUUGCUUAAAGAACGCCCUAUCGAAUUCGUGAACUAUAACAAACAUCAAUUGUCUAGGGUUUAUCCAGCUGGAACUCGUUUUGAUAGUUCAAACUUUAUGCCUCAGCUUUUCUGGAAUGCCGGUUGCCAAUUAGUGGCAUUGAAUUUCCAAACGCUAGACUUGGCAAUGCAGUUGAACUUGGGUAUUUUUGAAUAUAACGACCGGACCGGUUACUUACUCAAACCUGAGUUUAUGCGUCGAACUGAUAGACGUUUAGAUCCUUUUGCUGAAAGUACUGUUGACGGUAUUAUUGCGGGAACGGUCUCAAUAACAGUUCUCUCUGGCCAAUUUCUAACAGAUAAAAGGGUAGGAACUUAUGUGGAGGUAGACAUGUUUGGUCUUCCAGCAGAUACGGUCCGUAAAAAGUUCCGAACCAAAAUUGUGCGUGACAAUGGUAUCAAUCCAGUAUUUGGCGAAGACCCAUUUGUUUUCAAAAAGGUCGUCUUGCCUGAAUUAGCAAGCAUACGAAUAGCUGCAUUUGAAGAAGGUGGCAAAUUCAUCGGCCACCGAGUUCUGCCGGUAAUUGGUUUGUGUCCUGGCUACCGUCAUGUUAAUUUGCGUUCUGAAAUGGGUCAAGCAAUGGGUCUGGCCUCGUUGUUCCUAUGUAUUAUAGUUAAAGACUAUGUCCCAGACGAUCUAUCUAACUUCGCAGAAGCUUUAGCAAACCCAAUCAAAUACCAAAGUGAGCUCGAGAAAAGAGACAAACAAUUGGCAGUGCUUACCGAAGACACGGAACCAGUUCCAGAAGACGAUAUAACGAAUUCAUUCGUUUUUGUACAAGUAGGUCAGAAAAAAGAGCUCCGGCCUGUGGAAUCGAUAACGACUAGUCCAAAGCAUCGAACAAGCAUAACUGCAGCAACAACAAUGAGUGUUGAAAUUUCAUCGGAUUUCGAUGCAGAAAGUACUUCGACAGCAAUCCAUCUGAUUCAACACCAACACUCUUUAGAUCAAGGAACAAAUACUUCUAUUCGACAAGUUGAAUCAGCUCAGUUCGAUGUGGACACAGUGGUAGCUGAACCGCUUGAGAAAAUUCUCGAUCAUAAGCUAGUUCGUGAGAAACGUCUUGAAAUGGAGAAAAAGCUAGAAUCUCUUCGGAAGAAACACGAUAAGGAAAAGGUUAAGAUUGUUUCUUCAAAACAUAGUCCAUUGGAUGGUUCGAAAAAGCCUAAAUUCUCAAUGACCAAUAAAUUGGUUAAACGACUGAGUAGCAAAAGUCUAAGUUGUCUUUCUUCCAGCGAUCCUAGUAUUGAGGUACCGCCAUGCCUUCUCGAUUCAAGCGUGGCUGCAGCUGAAAGUAGUGAAGAAAAUAAUACCACAGAUGGAGGAGAAAAGACUGGAAUCGUACGGAGUCAAUCCGAGCGAUUGUUGAUUUCUUGCCGUGAACAUUCAAAAAUUUAUCGUGAUAUUCAGGAAAAAUAUCACGAAUGUAUCUAUGCAACGGCCGAAAAAGUAAUGAAAACUUCUCAAGCUAAUCAAAUGAAGCAGCUGAAAACCUCAUUGGAUAAAGUAACCAGUGAGGUGAUGCACCAGUUGCAGGAAGCUCGACGUAAUGAAGUUAAAAAUUUGGCCACUGUUCAUAGGGAUAGAGACGAGUUGGUGAGAAUGAAGAGAGAGGUUGCUAGUUCGGUAGUGGAAAGAGGGGUUGCCGAGCGUGUCCGGUUAAAGAAAAACUAUGAUAAACGAACGGAUGAACUCCAGAAACAACAUGAUGCCGUUAAAAGUGCUUUCGCCGAACAUAAAGCCAAAGCUCGUCUUAUCCUAGAAAAAGAAGUUGACUCACGAUCCUGCAUUUCAAACUAUGGUUUCUUAGUACUUUUUCACAAUACCUCAAGCAGCUCGUUGGCAAACAAUUUACUAACUCUAGAUGGUGCUUCAGGAACCACAUCCAACGCCAACAAUACUUCUCUCCUUUUGGAGAUGUAAGUAUAUAAAAACUGUGAUGAAGACUUAAAAAAACCUCGUCACCAACAUUAAAAAUUUAGCAAUUUCAAAAUUAUUGUGAACAUAAACAGUAUUUUUUACUCUCGAUUAACAAUAUGCAAAAAAAAAGAACUCUCAACAAAAAAAAAAAAAGAA